UUCCAUAUUUUUUCUCAUCUUAAAGUGUAUCAGUUUCUCUUAUUUCUAUUUCUUAUCAUAUUUUGUCUCAAUUCCUAUUAUUAUUACUACUAUUAAUCAUAGAUAAAUGCUACAAUGUCGACUAAUUUCACAUAUAAUGAUGAAGAAAUAAAAGAUAAAAAAGUGUUUACUCAGUGCUUAGUAUUCGGUAUUUCAAUUCAGUGUCUGUAGAAUUUGCAUAAUUUUUAAAUUGCAGUCUAAUUGUUACGUGAAUUUUAAUCUUUAUUAAUAAGUAAACUCAUACAUCUUAACGAGCAAACUACUUAUCGUUUAUCAAGUCACGAUAUUCAUUGAAAGAAUGAGUAUGGAAAAAGACGUAGCAAGUAUGCUUGAUCCAUUGGCAAAUCUUUUAGAAUGUACAACACCCGCAUUGCGGCUCUUAAUUUCAAUUUUUAUGGGUUUUCCAUUAGCAAUAUUUCAUCGUCACAUGCUUUAUAAAAAGAAUCCCUCAUUGCAGCACCUUUAUUUCUUAGUUUCUGGAUUCCUGUUAGGAUUCUGGAAUUUUGGAUGGAAUGUAGGCCAUUCAGCGUUCGCUUUAUGCGCUACGUACCUGAUUCUGUUGGUUUUUAGAGGAUCAUUUUUAUGUGUUGUCUUUACCUUUAUAUUUAAUAUGAUUUAUCUCUCAGUUGGUUAUUGGACAUCUUCAUCUGAUGAAUAUGAUAUAAAAUGGACAAUGCCGCACUGUGUAUUAACGCUAAGACUGAUAGGACUCGCAUUCAAUUUAUCUGAUGGUUACGUUGAUGAAGCGAAAUUAUCUGUAUACCAAAAACAAGUGGCUUUAAAGAAACUACCAUCUUUAUUAGAGUUAGGAGGCUUCGUUUACUUUCCUGGAUCAUUUUUAGUUGGUCCACAAUUUAGUAUGAGAAGAUAUUUAGACUUCAUUGAUGGGAAACUUAUAGAGAAUGCACCUAAUGAGAUCGACCGAUUACCAGAUUGCGUUGCUAUUGCAGUUAAACGAAUGGUACUUGGAAUUAUCUACCUUGCCUUUUACCAAUUAGGAACACGUUACAUUUCUGACCAAUAUAUAUCGAGCUCUGCCUUUGCUAAUGAAAAUCUCGUUAAGAAGCUCUUCCUCCUCGGUCUAUGGGGAAGAUUCCAUUUGUACAAAUACAUAAGCUGCUGGCUGUUGUGUGAAGCGGUCUGUACUGCUUUUGGAAUUUCCUAUUCUGGAAGAGACGAAAACGGCUCGCCUAAAUGGGAUGGCUGUAAAAACGUAGAUUUAUUAACGUUCGAAAAUGCUACGCAGUUCGAUCACUAUAUUUUAUCGUUUAAUAUGAACACCAAUCACUGGUGUGCAGAAUAUAUUUAUAAGAGGUUGAAGUUUCUUGGAUCGCGUUUCGCCAGUCAAUUUUUUACUUUAGCUUUUCUAGCUAUUUGGCAUGGAUUCCACUCAGGAUACUAUGUAACUUUUACAAUGGAAUUCAUUAUUAUGUACUUUGAAAAAGAUAUUGCACCUGUGUUAAAAAAGAAUACUAAACUUCAGUCGACAAUAAAUACUCCUCUAGGUAAAGUAGUAACAUGGACUAUUUUGAAGAUAUAUACAUUAGUUUUUAUGGGCUACUCAUUUGCCCCUUUUAUUUUCCUCUCGUAUACUCGAUACCUCAGUAUUUAUUCCAGUGUUUACUGGAUCGGCCACGUACUCUUUUUCUCUUACCCCUUACUUGCGCCAUUCAUAAAGCCUCUUCUUUGGGGAGAACGCUCUCAUAGAGAUUAGAAUUUUAUAGAAUAGAAUAUUUUAAAUAAAAAUUAAACAUUUUAACGCACAAUUGCGUUUACAACGCACGGUUACUUAAAAAUGAACAUUUUUUAAAAUUAGUCAUUUCUUAUAAUAUUACUCAAUUUUCUUCACUAUGCUAGCUUUUUCUCUUUGGCUACUCCAAAGGUAUUUAAAUUAAAAUUUUUGCGGGUGAAAUAAUAAUAAAUACUUAGAAAAUAGUAAGUAAUGAGAGCUGUGAGAUUGGAUUAAACCAAUAAAAAUUGUAUUUUCAAUAA